AUGUGCCUUUUAUGCAACAAAGUUUUGGGCAAUGACGCUAUGAAACCAUCUAAACUGCAAGAUCAUCUGAGAAGAUGCCACCCUGAUAAAACAGAGAAAGAUUUGAAAUACUUUCAAACACUCAAAGAUAAAUUUCAGAAGAGACCUACACUGGACGGAAUGUUCGCUUCGACGUCACAAAGAAAUGAUGAUGGUUUGCGGGCGUCUUACAAUAUCUCGUUACUUAUAGCAAAAUCCGGAAAACCGCAUACUAUCGGAGAGAAGUUAAUUUUGCCAGCCGUUGAAGAGGUUUUAAAAACUGUUUUACACAAACCUGCAUCUGAUAUCAUUAAAAGAAUUCCCUUAAGCAACAAUACUGUUGAAAGACGUAUUGAUGAAAUGAGUUCUGAUAUUGAAAGCUUCUUAUGUAAUUAUUUGCAAACGACCCAUUUCUCUAUACAACUGGACGAGUCAACUUUACCUGAUAAUGCAGCAUUAUUAUUGACAUAUGCUCGUUUUAUUAUGAAUCAAGAAAUCUACGAAGAACUGCUCUUCGCAAGAACUUUGGUAACCGACACUAAAGGUGAAUCAAUAUUUCAUGUUUUGAAGGAUUACUUCAUUGAAAAAGCAAUUCCUUUAUCAAAUAUAAUAUCAGUAGCUACAGAUGGAGCACCUGCCAUGGUUGGACGUUAUCGUGGAUUUAUAAGCUAUUUAAAACAAAAUGUGUCAGGGGUGUUAGCAAUACAUUGCGUCAUCCAUCGACAACAUUUAGUUGCUAAAAAUUUGAGUGUUAGAUUGCAUGAAUCACUUCAUUUAGUCAUUGAUGCAGUAAACCGAAUCCGAAGCAACGCGUUGAAUACGCGGUUAUUUGCGCAGUUGUGUGAAGAAAAUGACGAACACUUUCAUCAAUUACUCCUUCACACUGGAAGUACGCUGGCUGUCGAAAAGCUUAUGUUUGACAAGAUUUUUGGCACUUUUUGCGACUAUUUUAGAAUUUCUGGAUACUAA